AUGAGAGCGUCCAUCGUGUCUGCUGGCCUUGUGCCAGUGGUGGUGAUUCUUCUCGCCUGCAUCUCUGCAACCGUGGCUCAGCUUGGAGGCGUGGAUCAUCAUCACGAUGGUGAUGCUGGCCACUUCAAGGUCUUGGGCCCUCGAGCGGCCAACUAUGGUGAGCCCAGCGACUAUGGCUACUAUCCUCCUCCUCCCUAUGGAGAAGAGACUUCGACAACUUCUGUUACCUCUACGACUAAAUCUGGCGUUUACUCUCCCCCUGCUGAGUCUUCCUCGGGCACGGCGUCUAAUGUGACCACCAAGACCAAAACGGAGACCUUUUCGACUACUCUGUCGGGUCACUCAGCCAAUUCAACCAGCAGAAGAGUCUCUUCUGAAAAUGGAUCAUCCACCUUUGCGGGAACGGUGACUGCUUCCACCACGGAGACUGAGGUGUCAUCAACCACAGAGACUCCUCUUAGCCAAACAGUCCUGACAAUUACCGUGUCGUUGCCUACUACCACAUUCGUUACUGCACAAACUGUUCCGGUUGAAUCAAGCCAUACUGGUAAUUCAUUCUCCUCAACUGAAGUGACGUCGGCUUCGAGCACUUCAUCAGGGACUUUUACCAAUUCGACCAAGUCCUCAACUGGUGAGGAAUCUGGCACUGUUCGGCCUGUAUCUUCUACGCCUUUGUCCUUCUCUGUCUCUUCAUCAGCUGAAACUACAGCCGUGUUCACAACUUCUCCGAUACCCUCGACGCUUUCAUCGAGCACAUCAACGGGAAGCUCAUCGUCCAUUCAGCUGACUGAGAAUGGAACCGUGACGAUAACGACGAUUGGAAUAACAGUGACGAAGCCAGCAUCUGAAUCAACCACUCAGUCAACCUCGCUGGGAUCCAAUUUGACUUCUUCUAUUGGUUCAUUUGGUUCAACUGCUUCAGAGAGUUCAUCAUCCUCCAGCUCUUUGGUGGCCACUCCUUCAAAUGGGACACUGACCUUGACAUCUGUGGUUACUUUACCUGCCGGUACUACAACAUCGGACCAUGGUAUCACAAGUGUCGUGAAUGGAACUGUCAUCACAGUCACCAUCUCUGAGGCACCUACCAGUACCACCUCAUCAACAGCCUUGUCCAACACAUCGUCCUCUCUUAUUAGCGGUUGGCUCUCCUCAAGCGGCCCAUCAGUUGGUACUUCGACCUACCGGCUCACCAACUCGACUGUGACCGUAUCUCCCUCGAGUAUAAGUGGCACAGGAUCUCCGUCAACUAGCGUUACCGAAGCUACACUGUCGUUGACACUGACUUUGUCAGGUACCGUAUCACCGUCGGCAUCUACUGCUCAAUUAGGAACGUCUACUCUGCCGGUUACAGGUAACCAGACGUCAGUUACUCUGAGCACCACCACUGGUGUCACGGUCGUUCAGUCAAAUGUAACAACGAUCUUGUCUGCUACAUCGGUUUCGUUAAACUCGUCUGUGGCAGCAUCGGUUACAUCUGUGCCUGGAAGUGUGUCGACAUCGCAGGCUGGUAACAGCACUGUUGUCUCUACCGUCAUCUCGACUAUCCAAACGAACGCUUCUGUGGGAAGCACCUCGUCUUCCUCAAUUCGCCCAACCGGCACCGGGCAGACAACUCUGACACUUUCUGGCGAGAUUGGGUCGUCUUCAACAGAGACAUGGAGCAAGUCGGCAUCAUGGACUAACACAACAUCUACUGUGACUGCGACGGAGUCACCAUCGAGCCCCCAGUUUACAGUAUCGACUCUUCCAUUUACGCUGAACUUUACCACCAUUGUCCAGACACUGACAGGUACUGCUCCUUCCAGCUCGCCUUCCUCUUCUUUGAGCUCGGGUAUGCCCAAUGCGACCUUGACCUCAUCGAAUGUUGUGUCCACGACAGGGUCUCAGCUCCCCGGGAACACAACUUCUGCGGACCAGACAAUUUUCAGUACUCUCACUACCACCGUUUCUGGCUCAGGCUCCACCAACUCGACGGCCACUUCUCAGCCUUCGGGAACUGUUGUGAUCAUUACUGUUACUACAGGCGUUUCUUCAACUGUUAAUUACUCUGCCAGUUCAGCCGAAGCCUCGCAAACCAGUCUCAAUGCCACCACAAAGACGGUAACCCAGAGCCAGCCGCCCUUUGGCAAUACAACUGUGUCAUCAGGCGGGCAAGUUGCGACUACAACAGUCUGGAACACCGCACCGACAGUGUCGUCAAUCAUCUCAAGCCAUUCGAUGUCCUCCACCUGGAACUUUAGCCAAACAUCUCGCCCAUCCGUCACGCAGUUUAACACGACUUGGCUAUCGUGGACCAGCGUCCCCACAGAGACACCUGGUUCUAGCAACCCGCCCUUCCCCACGGCUCGCAAUUCCACUGAGACUUUAUCAGGCACAGUUUUAAAUCCUAGUAGCUCUGGUACAGCAGGACCUAGUGUGAUCACAGUCACCAUCAGCCCUCUGCCAGCAACCAACUCUACUUCCGGGUGGAGUUCACAGCCAACAACCAAUGCUGGAAGCUUGACGUGGUCGUUUACCAACUCUUUCAACUUGUCUACGAUAUGGCUCACAACUGGUGCUCCAUCGGGCAGUUCGCCAUCUGUCUCCGUCAUCACAGUCACCAAGUCCAAUACUGGCUCACCAGUCGGAACAGUCAGUUCUAUCCCUCUCAGCACUAGCUCUAUCAGCACGACGCAGUCCAACUCAUCUACCCAAUGGAGUGGCUCGACUUUGCCCGCGCCAUCCUCGUCUUGGACAAACACAUCUUACACAUCAGCCUCUUCAACGUCGGUAUCAGGGACGGCAACUCGUUCGACCAACGAGACAGCUAGCCCGGUCAUCAUUCCCACCACUGUCACUGGCAAGACUACAGUCCAAACCACCGUCUUCACAUCGUGGUUGACAACAGGGUCGGGUGGCUCCACAAGCAGCUCUGGCCCAGCAGUGCCACAGGAAGGCAAUUUUACAGUCAUCACCAUCACUCAAAACGGAACAUCGUUGGUUUUGACAACUGGAUCUGCCCUCCCAUGGUCAACGACUUCAGUCUCUUCUGGAGUUGGCACUUUGUCGACGCAAGCAUCUGGCAGCGGACCCAUUUGGACUAACAGCACACGGGUGUCUCCGUCUUCAACUGCCUCAGCCGUAUCCACCACCACCACGACACAGAUGGUUACGGUAAUCGUUUCUACGUUGACUGUAGGAGCUUCUGCCUCUGCUUCAGGGUCCAACGCAACUGGGACCGAGAGUACCGUUACCAAGACUCUGCCGUUGUCAACAGCAGGAUCAUCAACUCUUUCUGGUAUCGUCAUCUCGCAAACAUCCUCUUCAUUGGAGACCAGCAAUGAGACUCAGAUAGUCACCACUAUUAUCCAGACUGUGCCUGCACCGCCCACGACUGCUACACGCUGGAUCAAUACCACCAUGACGACUGAGCACGAGUCCAGCCAAACCGGUAGCGUAGUUAUCACAACGCUCUACCUGAACAGCACUACGGCAACGCCUCCUUGUACUCACUCAUGGGUGUAUCCUUACCCCAACAUCAGCGACAUCACAACCACCUGCCAUCGAUUCCCAAGCGGCAAUACGACAAUGUCUCGCUGCUGGGCAGUGCCAUUGACAACUGGGGUCCCAGAGUCGUCACUCCACCACACUCCGCUAUAUACGUCUACCUGCAACACAACCAGCACGGCAAACAGCGCAAUGAUUGGGAAUGGAACAUUCACCAGUACUACUCGAAGCUACUCGUAUCCAUAUCCAUUCCCGACGACAUUUGAGACUUCGACCACGGUAAAGGGCCAUGAGUCUGGCUCGCGCGGCUUCGCCUAUCCCGUGCCAACGGAGUCGGUUCAAGUAGAGACGCUGCCUCCUAACCCGAGUUACCCCUGGGGUGCCUCGUCGCCUUUGCAUCGGCACCAGAACGUGACGAGUUUCACUGAUGGGCUGUUUACUCGGGGCGGUGAGCUUGUGGACUGGAGCAAGAUGGCUGCGAAUCGCCUGCGUGCUCUUUUCAAGAAACAUGUCAAAGGUGAAGGUGAGGAAUGA